CCGGGUAGGCUCAGGACACUCACCUAGGCUUCCUACUGGGAGCCCCGCCCCCGCGCGCAGGCGCAGGAGGCGCCGCUGACACGCGCAGGCGCAGCACAGCCAUAGUGUGGCGCCCGCCCCCGGCGCUCCGGUAGCCGGCAUGGGCUUCUCGCUGCCGCUGCUGCUCCCACUGACGCUCAUCUCCGGUGCCUGGUUCCAGCGAGGAAAUGGGCACACUAGUGGCAUGGUCACACUACCAGGUGGGAAAUUCCAGAUGGGAACGAAUUCUCCAGAUGGCCGAGAUGGCGAAGGGCCUGCUCGGGUGGUGACUGUGAAAGCCUUUGCCAUUGACAUUUUCCCUGUGACCAACAAAGAUUUCAGAUCUGUCCUUUCAGGGAGUUUGUCAAGAAGAACAAGUACCGGACAGAGGCCGAGAAGUUUGGGUGGAGCUUUGUUUUUGAGGAUCUUGUCUCUGAAGAACUCAGAAACAACAAAGCCAGCCAGCACAUUCAGCUCUCAUGCUUCUCCUCUCUUGCAGCGUGUUCUUUGGUGGUUGCCAGUAGAGAGAGCGUUCUGGAGGCAGCCUGCAGGUCCCGGCUCUGGCAUCCGAGAGAGACUGGAGUUCCCCGUGCUUCACGUCAGUUGGAACGACGCUCUUGCCUACUGCGCUUGGCGGGGGAAGCGGCUACCCACUGAAGAAGAAUGGGAGUUUGCUGCCAGAGGCGGCUUGGCAGGUCAGGUUUACCCGUGGGGGAACCAGUUCCAGCCAAACCGCACCAACCUGUGGCAGGGAAGGUUCCCGAAGGGCGACAAGGCUGAGGACGGCUUCCACGGCGUCUCCCCAGUGAAUGCUUUCCCCCCCCAGAAUAACUAUGGGCUCUAUGACCUCCUGGGCAACGUGUGGGAGUGGACAGCCUCACCGUACCAGGCUUCAGACCAGGACAUGCGUGUCCUCCGGGGAGCUUCCUGGAUUGACACAGCCGACGGAUCUGCCAAUCACCGGGCCCGGGUCACCACCAGGAUGGGCAACACUCCGGAUUCAGCUUCAGACAAUCUGGGCUUCCGCUGUGCUGCGGAAGCAGGCCAGCCACGUGGGGAGUUGUGAGCAGCUGCUAAGAGGAGUCCCCAGGGGCAUCCACUGCACUCCAGACAACAUUCCAGGCUCAGAAGCUGCAGCCUCAGGAAUUACUCCUCCCUGCACCCUCCUCCCUCCCUC